AUGGCAGUAAUUCGGGAACACCUCGCAGCCAAGGGACUGGGGUUGUUUAAUGAUCUCCAGACAGAAUCAUCGGUCGUCGGAAAUUUCCCGGUCAUUGAGAUGUUUUCGCGAUUCGGCACAGAGACACAGAAGACAGAGUUUAUAUGGGGACAGCUUGAUGGCCGCGUCUUGAUGACAUUUGGCCUUACAGAACCAAAUCACGGGUCAGAUGCUACCCAUAUUGAAACCUUUGCAGUUCCCGGGUCAUCGAGCACGGCACGACCAGGGUGGCUGAUCAACGGGAGGAAGAUGUGGCAAACAGGCCAGCAUAGAGCGACUCAUUGCAUUGUGUUUGCCCGGACGAGUGGAAAGCCGGGUUCAUCGAGAGGUAUUACUGCCUUUAUUGUGCCAGCAGAUUCAGAGGGAGUACGAAUUGAGUCGUACCAAUGGACGUUCAACAUGCCUACAGACCACGCCACAACUUCUUUCGUCAAUGUAUGGGUACCAGAAGACGCCAUACUCGGCCAGGUAGACGACGGAUUAACCGUUGCCCAGUGCUUUGUGCACGAAAAUCGCAUCCGACAAGCAGCCUCCAGCCUUGGUGCUGCUACAUACUGCGUGCAGCAAAGCAUUGAGCAUGCGCAGACAAAGAAACCAUUUGGCCGGCCUCUCAUGAACAACCAGGCAAUUCAGUUUCCGCUUGUCCGGUUAGCUACGCAGAUCGAGAUGCUUCGCCUUCUCAUUUAUAAGACGGCAUGGGAGAUGGACAGAACAGAGAGAUCAAAGAUAGAGCACGUGAUGACAGAUAAAAUCUCCAUGUGCAACUACUGGGCUAAUGAGCUUUGCUGCAAUGCUGCCGAUCGAGCCAUUCAAAUCCAUGGUGCGAUUGGAUAUAGUCGACAUAAGCCGUUCGAGCAUAUUUACCGGCACCACCGCCGUUAUCGCAUCACCGAAGGCUCAGAAGAGAUUCAAAUGCGUCGUGUUGGGGCUCGACUGGGAAAAUGGACGAGAGAUCGAACUUCCUACCUAAAACUGUAA